AUCAAGGGUUGAGUGCACUUUGACAGCCGCAACACCACAACUUGACUGGUGGGUCUGGUGACAGAGUGGGUCGAAUGGAAGGACUGUGUUCUUAACGUCACUGUAUUAGCCUUUGCAGUCAACAUGGCAGAAUGGAACUGGUGCCCAUUGAUUUGUAUCUAACAGACCAGGGUUCAAGUACUAUUUCAAAUAUCGCAAUUACUUUCACAUACAUUCAAAGUAAGUAUUCAGAUCUAUUUUAUUUGAAUAGGCAAGUAGUUGAAUGUUUCAAUGUAUUUGUAAAUACACUUGGAGAGUAUUUGAAAAUAGUCAAAUACACUGACUCAAAUACACUCCCAUGCAUAUUACCCAGGUAUUUGAAAUAAGUAUUAGAAAAUAAUCUCAAAUACAUUUUGGUAGACUAUUUGGUUUUUACAAAUAACCAUUCACUCAAAUAAAAGUUAUUGUUUUGGGCUGUGUAUUUGAACAUAAUCAAAUACACAGAGAAAAGUAUUUGACAUAACAGAUACUCAAAUACACAUGUAUUUGAACCCAGGUCUGGCAUCUAAUGCUGAUCACUAUGGAUGCCUACCUGCUGUUCCCCUGCCUGAUGAUGCUACUGGCCAUGUGUAUGGAUUAUCACUGUGCAGAUGCAAAUGAAGACCAGGGAAAUCAACUGCGAGGCCUCUGGAUGUUGUCAAUGAAAGACCCAAAGCAGAAAGGUGUGCCACCUCCUCAUCCAAUCAGAGGAUUGGUCAAACAACAGCUGCUGUACUGCCGUGUUGGGAUAGGAUACCAUCUCCAGGUCCUGUCCAAUGGAACUGUAGGAGGAGUGCAUGAACCAACUGAACAUAGCUUGCUGAAGGUGUUUGCCAUGAAGCGUGGUGUUGUGGGCAUCAGAGGCAUCAAGACUGGCUUGUAUAUCUGUAUGAGCCAAGAGGGCAUCGCACACGGAGCAGUACAGUUCUCAUCUGACUGUCUGUUCAAGGAGAGCCUGGAGGAGAACCACUACACCACCUUUUCCUCCCUGUCUCAUCCAGGCAUCUACUUGGCCCUGUCUCAUAAAGGAGAGGCCAAGAGGGGGACCAGCGUUGGGAGACUCCAGCCCUGCACACACUUCCUCCCUCGCAGAGCUCCAUAAGUAACCCCUGUGCAACCCUUUUACAACCUUUCUACAACCACUGACCCCAACCCAGGGGUCACAACUGUAACUGUGAGGAGAAUCCUGUAAAUCCCUGCAACAUUGAAAUAACCCAAACUGUUGGGCAUUUCACGCUUUUACCCAGUGUGACUGAUAUACUUGAAAUUACAUUGGAAACAGUGUAGCAACUGAAGAAAAGCAAAUUGACAUAUAAUGGUAGACUAACUCUAAGGGUCAACACACACACGGUCCUUGUGAUGCUCUGUUAGCAUAAUUGGAUGUAACUGGACUGGACUGGAUUUCGAACAUGUGUUCGAAAUAUGAAGAUAUUUAUGGACAAAAAUAUGAGUUUUUUAAAUCUACAGUUUCAGUCAGAUUGAGUUGUGGUCAUUACACUUGCCUUUUUUCAACUUUUCACAUUAUUUAUUAUAUUUAUCAGGGUUGGCCCUAGCCUUUUGGGGGCCCUAAGCGGGAUUUGUUUGGGGGGCUCCCCAACUCACUGGGCAAAACAUUUUAGUGGCCCCCCCAUGAUGGUUGAAAGAAAAGUGAUGGUGGUUGAAAAGUUAAUUUCCUGCAAUUCUACACAUUUUGCCAUCAGAAGUAGAGAACAUGUUACCAAAUGUUGCCAUUUUAUUUUUUUAAAUUAUGUAAUUCUAUACAUUUUGAGAGAACAAAAUAGCAGUUUUACAGCACAUUUCCUGAAUAUCUACCCAUUUUUCCGUGUCUUAUGCCAUGUUGAUAAUAUCUGAGUGAGUGUGACUGUCAGUGACGGACAUAACAAGAGAAAAACUGCUGAUGUACAACCCAAUUUUGGGGGUUUUGGGAAAGGCAGCCCUAUGCGACCACUUAUGUUCAUAUGCCUGCAGCCAGCCUUGAUAUUUAUUACAAUCUACUAUGAAUAUACACUUCCCUCUGUAUGUAUU